AUGUUCACCUCCCCGCGGCGAUGGACCCUCAUCGCCUCUCCAUUCCUUGCCCUGGUCCUGGUGUACUACCUUUUUGUCACGCCAGACACGAACCCGAUCGCCUUGAACUCCCAAGGCCAACGGAUGCAGUCGGAACCAGAGCUUCUGAUUCUCGAAGGAACCCACCAUCUUUCAGAAGACGAGAAUGCGAAACAAAAAGUUUCGGAUGCUUCGUUCGAGGAGGAUCGAUGUGGGAAACUGCGCAAGGACAUGGAAAGUGUUUUUGUGGUCUUGAAGACCGGUGCAACUGAAGCCCGCGAGAAGGUCCCCGUGCAGCUGCGCACCACUCUCCAGUGUGUCCCCAACUACGCCGUAUUCUCCGACUACGAGGAGACCAUCCACGGCGUGCGCACCUAUGAUGUCUUGCAGAAUGUGACUGAAUUCACCAUGAACAACGAACCCGAGUUCCAAGUCUACCACCGUUUACAGGACGUUGGCCCCGAGGGCCUCACAGACGAAGAGCUGGGGGAUGACUCGAAUGGCCCCUUUGGUAAGACCAACAACCCAGGCUGGAAGCUGGACAAGUGGAAGUUUCUCCCCAUGAUUGAUGGGGCGCUGGAGGUGCAACCUGAUGCCAAGUGGUACAUCUUCAUCGAGGCCGACACGUACAUGGUGUGGCCGAACUUGGUGAACUGGCUGGCACACCUCGACCACACUCGGGACUACUACCUCGGCAGCCCAAUGCAGAUCGGCAACAUCCUCUUCGGAUAUGGCGGUGCAGGCAUCAUUCUGUCCAGCCAGACGAUGUACCACCUACACGACUACCGUGUCAAGCACCAAUCGGAGCUUGAACACAUGACGAGCCAGGAAUGGGCCGGAGACUGUGCCCUUGCGCAAGCCCUCAAGGACAUCCACAUCGACCUGACCUGGGCGUGGCCGAUGAUGAUGACCUCGCGGCCGCACGAGAUUGACCAUUUCUCCGAGGCAUAUGGCCGGCAGCCGUGGUGCUACCCAGCCGUUUCAUAUCAUCAUUUGAGCCCGCACGAGAUCGAGGAGAUGUGGCGGUUUGACCGCGGGUGGUUCAAGAGCGGCAAGAACGCGCUCCUAUUGCACGGCGACGUCUACCGCGAGAUGGUCCACAAUCGGUCUCUCGCCGAGCGCCCCGACUGGGAUAACCUGUCACCGGCCAUCAUUGACUUUGACCCUCCCACCGAACCCUCUACUGAGGCAUGCGCCGACGCCUGCUCGCAGAACUCGGACUGUCUGCAAUUCUCGUUCAACCACGAGCUGCAGUCAUGCAAGCAUGCCUCAACAACAUUUGGCGGAGUCGCGACCAACGGCACUGACUCUGGCUGGAUGACCCACCGCGUCCAGCGACUCCUGAACAACUUCCAAUCGUCAUGCCCGGAAGUGCAAUACAUUUUUAACUGA